UAAACUUUCUUCGUAUAUAACAUAAUGUGAUUCAAAAAUUUAUCAAUAAAAUGAGCAAUGGCGUAGACGUGUAUACCAAUGAUAGAGACUAAUAUUGACGUAGAUCAUUUUGAAAGUUGAUUAUUUGUUAUAUAUUAUACAGUAUGAUUGGUUCUGUAAUAAAUUCUAUUGUAGUUGCACAAAUGUUGGCAUUUUUCAUUAUGUUAACUAUUGAAUUAUUUAAAUUCGCGAUAAAAAAUUACGCGCAAAAAUCAUGUGAUUUCACCACAAAAUUGACAUUUAUAGUUUGUCAUCAUAUCAAUUUACAUAAACAUUUAUUUUUCUAAUAAAUUAAUUGUCUGCGAUGUCGGCUAUGGACGCUUAUGAACUUCAAUAUAAAAACGGCCAUUGGCAAUGGGAUGGUGAACGAAAAAGAAUUGUAUUUGUAAGCCAUGAAUUGGUAACAAAAAUCGAUGAAGAACUGCCUACAGUACAAAAACGACAAAAACAUAUCGUGCCAAGUUCAAUUCGAUUUAAAGAAGAAGUCGAACCGAUGGAUAAAGUUCGAUUUCGACGCUUUUUUCAACGCCGAAUUGGUCCCAAUGAACCAGAAAUCAUCACUCUGCAGGACGUUAAAGAUGUGGCAUUAUUCUUGGCCUUUCCGAAAGAUUUAACAGUCGAAUUUGUAACAUAUUUUCAUCUACCAGAAGUAGAUCGCUUCCUCAAGGCAUUAAUAAUUUAUUUUCAUUACUUUCUACAAGUGACAGACACUAUGCAAGCUAGAAAAGAAGAAGCGCGUCGAAAACUGCGCCAACCAAUCGUCACGAUACUGGAAAAUAUCGUACGUGAUAAUUUGUCUGAUCUACGAGCAAUGGUUGGACGCGAAUACAGUGUAAUAAUAAUGGGUAUUGGCAAAUCGAAGAAAUUUCAUCAUCUAAGCACGUCUACUAAUUCAUUAUCUGAGAAAGACAGGCGUUUAAUGGAGGCAUUAUUUUGUAUGAGUGUAAGAGUUGUCUGGGUCGCACUCCAAAGAAGACAUUUACAACUUAUCGAAUUAGAACUCAAUCGACUUGUGAGAACAGACAUGUUUAAUGCUUUUGCGCACAAGAGUAGAAAUGUAAAACUGAUCAAUCGAUCACCACAUGAAAUAAAAGUACUGCUUGGUCUCUCCAACAUAAAAGAGAGCAAAUUGAAACAGCGAAGUGGAUUAAUAAAAGAAUUGCUGAUAACGGAACAUGAUUACAGAAUGAUUGGUUCAGGAUUUAAAAAUUUUGAACCGAAAAGUGAAAGAACGGUUUAUUUCGAAAGGUUAUUCGCUGCGCCAUAUGAAACACUUCUGGAACACGGCGUAACAAUCGGUUUAAUUGGCAUUCCUCGUGAGGAAUAUGACAGUAUCAUGAAACCAAGAGAAAGAACAAGUCAAAAUUUUGAUAAAGCUAUUAUCGAGCCAAUAAACUUCACUUUUCCACCCGAUGUUCCUGUUCCUUAUAAUGAAAUUCCAAAUGCAUUCCCAAAGGAACCCUGUCAAUAUGAAGAAUCUGAGUUUACUAAAAAAUCCCGCAUUGAUCAAUGCAGAAUGUGGCGCAACUUUUUAAUCAAAUUGGAGCAACCCUUAACCACUUCAUUGUCAGUUUCAUUAGAUGAUCGAGAUUGAUAGAAGCAAUAAAUGCACAAUUAUACUUAUUUUUUAAAAACUGAAAUUAGCACAAUUUUAAUUAGUUUCAAAAUAUUUUAUCUUAAUUAUUCAUAUGGCAAGUUGAAAAAACACUGUAUUUUACUUGCAAAUUAUAUAUUUAUAGAGUUAUCUAUUGAAUUUAGUUAUGAAAAUGAUAUAUAAACAGCCAACUUUUUGGGACUAUUGUUAUUAAUAACAAGUAGUCAUCAUGAAAUUCACCUUGUACGUUCUUGGAGCCUUGUGCUUGUUCAGUGCUGUGUUCUGCGAAAGCAGCGAAAGCAGCGAUAGCGACAGCAUUAGUAAUGAAGAGGCAAUUGAUGCAAUGAUUCGUGCUGGUGCCGAUGGUCAAGAUGAAACAAAUAAUUGUGUCGAAGCUCAAUUUAAUGCCUUGAUUGACGCAAUCACCAAUCUGCGAAGCAACAUUCAAACUAACUGCUUGAACGAGGAAGCACUGAACACAAACACAAAUACUGCAAUUGAUGAAUUCCAAAAGAAACUUGAAGUACUCGCCGAUAGCAUCAAAACCCUUCGCGAAAGCACAAAUUUUGCACAAUGGGUUGGCAACAAAUUGCGCGUCCUUGCCGCCGCUAGGGUUGCAUUAAGAUACGGCUUACGUAUUCUUCCCGCUGCCUUUAACUUGGGCAAGGUUACCCGCGACUGCAUCAGGGCACAAUUGAAAACUAUUACCGAUGCAGUUAAGGCUCUUACCAGGUGUUAAAUUUUUUUGAAAAUAUAAGUUCUGUUCUUCAAUUUGACCAAUAAAGCUUCAUUUGCAAAACUUA